GAAUAUUAAAAAAAUAAUAAGAUUUGUUAAAAUGCCGAACUAGUGUCAUGGCUAUUUUCGAAGCAUCAAAUAGUAAUGGGAAGAUACGUGUUUAUAGUGUACAAAAACGUACAUUUUAAAAGAUAAAUGUAAAGCAUUUGUCGUAUAUACAAAAUUUAAAUAUUUAAAACAGCUCCUUAACUUUAAAUCAGAGUUAUUAGCUAAAUUUAUUUAUUAUAAAAGUAUGUAACCUAUACUAUAAACAAAGAAUAUUACUCAAUAUUAAUUUUUGAAGAGCACAUGCUUUCUUUGAGCAAGUUUGAUUUCAACAAUAAGGAUAAUUUAAUAUUCAUUCAUAGUUUGAAUUUUCAAUAUAUAGGUUAUAACUCAAAGGACAAGAUUUUAUUCUAGUACCGUAUCAUAAUAUGCGACGAGGAAAACCUCCCCAACAAUUAUACAGACCAGGAAGUGGCCCAUUAAAAAAAUCAAGUACAAUAGAAGAAUCUGAUUCAGAUACAAAUAUUUUUAAUUCAAGACAUAAACAAGAGGAAAAUACUCGGAGAGAUAAUUCUAAAUUUCAUAGCGAAAGUAGUUCACCAAGAGAAAGAAUUAAAGAUAUUGAUAGAGCUAUUACACAAUUGGGGGAUAUUUCUCUCAAUAAUGAUGUAACGAGACGUCCAAAAAAACCUGAUCAGGAACGUUACGUGCCUAGACCCCUUGCUCAAUCUAGAGAAUUAAAUUCUUCACAAGACAUGACAAGCCGUAACACAUUUGCUCAUAUUAAUGGUACAAAUAGCGGUGAUAGAGGGGGGCAUAAAAGGACACCGUUUAUAGAGCGACACCAAGCUGAUCAGAAAAAUGAUUGGAGGGAAGAAGCAGCUAGACAAAGGCAACAAGUAGAUACCAGAGGGAUGAAUAAUGGACCAAACAACUCUAAUUGGAAUCGAACACGGGAUACCCGAAGCGUGGAACCUUCUGGACAACCAAAUCGUAAUUACAAUACUGAGAAGGUUCAAUCAAAGCCUCCCAGCGGUAGACGUCAUAGCACAGUUGAGGUAGAAAUGGAGAAACGCUAUAAUAGCUUACCUCCAAGGCUUAAGAAAAAAAUGUUGGAAGAAUGUGGGAUUCAACCACCGCCAGUAGUAGAAGAGAACAGUUGGGAUGGAAGCAGCGUCACUUUCCAGAAAAACACAAAUUUUUCUCAUCCCGGUGAUGCUUAUUAUACUCUACCGAUGUCUCCGGCAUCCCACCAUCAAAAUAUCCAUUACAAUUCUAAUACAUUACCAGGCAAAGGUCGCGGAAGAGGUAGAUCGAAUUAUGAUCAAGAUAUGCAUCCACAAAUAGGGGUAGUACCAUACGAUUCCUUAACUCCAAAUACAAUUAAAAGUCCUGUAAAUUCGAGACCAUGCUCACCACCUAUAGGAAGAAGUAGACCUCAAACACCUGUUAAUGAUUAUACGGAUAAUAGAAGAGGAACAAGGAGAUAUGACGAUCCUGGGAGAGGACAUGAUCGAAGAGAUAAUAAUCAUAAGAGGGAUUUCCCCCAUAGAAGGGAUGGCAAAAAUUUCAAUAGAGAUAGAGACAAUUUUAAUCAUAGGGACAAUUACAAUUGUAAUAGAGAUAAUUAUAGUAAUAAGGAGCACUAUAAUCAAAGAUGGGAAGACGAUUAUAGAGACUCGCGUAAUAAAGAUAGGAAUAGAGACUAUAAUAGAGAAAAUCAUGGUAAUAAUAGAAGAGAUAGAAACGGUAGAAAUAAUAGGGAUCAAAAAAGGGGAGCCGGAGGUGGUAAUAGGGACAGAUUAAAAGAUAAUCGUGGAGAAAUUGAUAAGAGGAAUAGGGGUAGAGAUCAUUUUGAACCUCCAGCAGAUAUAGUUACUGAAGAAAAUUGGGAUGAAGAACUUAGCCAAUCUUCCUUGAAACAGAAUCAGGAGAUGUUUAAUAGAGAAGAAAUAGAUUUUCGUCUCAAUAUGGAGUCCGCCAUAAACGCUGUGAUGCCUACGACGUUGGAUUGGAGCGAAGAAGUGGAAUUACACGAUAGAUUGGAAUCCGAAUAUUUGAGCGAUGCUUUAACAAGAAGUUCCUCUAUAGUUAGUUUACAAGAAGUCGGUGCUACCAAAUGUUUAUCUGGCAAUGUUAUUGAACCUUCCAUUUCAUCGAAAAAAUCAAGAAGGCGAAAUAGACAAAGGAGUAGGAAUAGGAGUAGACAACGAGACGACAGUCAUUCAAGAACAAGACACAAUAAUCGUACUAGAAAAAAUUCUACUACGAGUAUUGAUAGCAGAGAUAGUUUUAGAGUAUCACGGGAACCUUGUUCAAGUUCUUCUAGAAGAAAUUCACGAGAUACCAGAGACCCAAGCUACGAUAGUUAUCACAAUAAUUCAAGAAACGUCAGCAGAGAUAACAGUUGGGAUAGGCAUACUCAAAUUACAGAAAAUUGGAGACAAGAAAUCGAAAGAAAAAGAAACGAAAGCGAAAAAGAUAUCAAUAAUGUAGAUACUAGUACUAAAAAGGCAGGUGUCAUAGUACUACCUCAACAAAAUAACGAAGUUAAAAAACCUAUACCAACUUUAGUAACACAAGAUCAUCCAAGGUAUCCCGAUAAUCGGCGAUAUCCAGGACAACAAAAGAGCUUAUACGAUCCCAACAAUCCUAACAAACCUAUAAUAGUAAAAUCUGCAAGUACUAGAGUGAGCGUACCCGGUUUUUCUGAUAACAACGAAUCCGUACCGCCGCCUCAAAUGUAUACCACCGAUCAAUUCGGCAACAUCCGUCCUCCUUGGUACGACGAAACAUCGGAUUCCUUCAAAUCCUGUCAUUAUCCUGAUCUUUUGAGGGACAUUAAAAGAGCUGAUAACGAAUUACAAUACGUUAUCGAAAGAGGUUUGCUUCUGUUACAUUGGGAUCAAGUCGAUCAAUUGAGGUGUUUUUUAAAAGAGGCUUUGGAAUAUUUAAUUUGCAAGUCUAUUAAAUUCUGUCAGACGGAAAAAGUGGAACAACAUUUUUGGAACAUACUGUAUCACAACAUAAUCGAAAUUACCAGGAAGGCUAUAAAGGAUGAUCACGAAAACAAGGAAAAAUAUAAAGGUUUGUUGUUAAACUUGAUAGAUGAAGGUACCAAAUAUUAUGAAAGAUUAAUAUCACUGUUGGAAAAAACGUUUGAUUUCAAAGUGAGCAAUUAUCUAAAAGAAAAUAUGGUUUCUCACAAAGGUUUGGGGUUGGUAGGAAUGGCGUUGAUAUCGUGUCAAAAAUUAUUUUUAUUUUUGGGCGAUUUGGGAAGGUAUCGUGAAGAGGUCAAUGAAACAUGCAAUUACGGAAAAUGCAGACAGUGGUACAUCAAAUCACAUGAAAUUAACCCUAAAAAUGGGAAACCUUAUAACCAACUGGCAAUUUUGGCGGUUUAUGCUAGAAGGAAGUUGGACGCUGUUUAUUACUACAUGAGGAGUUUGAUGUCUUCCAAUCCGGUCCCAUCUGCAUGGGAAAAUUUGAUAUCGUUAUUUGACGAAAACAGAAGAAAAUACGAACAAGGCGAAAAGAAACGCAGAGAAGAAAGAUUGGAAAAACAACGUCUUCAAAUGAAACAAAAAGAAUCCGAAGAUUCGAAUAACAUCCCCGGUUCGUUGAGAAAAGAGACUUGGAUACAUCCCGAAGGAGGUAGACGAGUUUACAGAACUACCAAAGCUAAUAUCGAACAGAAUUAUUCCGACGACGAAGAUCUUUCGGCUUUGAGUAGCGUUGAGGUUAACAAACGAUUCGUUAUAACUUAUUUACAUGUACACGGGAAGCUUAUAACUAAAAUCGGAAUGGAAAGUUUUCAAGAGACGGCUAUGCAGAUGCUGAAAGAAUUCCGCGCCCUUUUACAACACUCACCAGUUCCCAUCCCUUGUAAUAGACUACUCCAAUUACUGGCUCUCAAUAUGUACGCCAUUGAUACCACUCAACUUAAGGAUCCCCAGUUACAAUCUCAACCAGGCUACAGAUCGGAACUUCAAGAACGCGCUUUGAUCGUAUCGCUCCAAAUGUUCAAUCUCAUCUUGGAACGAUGCGUUUCCAUCCUACAAGACUACAUUUCAUCCCAAAAGGAAAUUUGUCCUACUUCUUUCCCUCCAGACGCAAAUGUUCUUUUACCGGCCGUCAAAAUUUGGUGUGAUUGGUUGUUAUGUCAUACCGGUAUUUGGAAUCCACCGCCGUCUACUCAAGAUUUUCGAGUCGGAUCUCCCGGCGAUUGUUGGAGCAGGUUAGCAACGUUGAUGAAUCUGUUAGAGCCGAUGGACCAAAGUCAGGCCGUUAACUUUAUCAAAGAUCCGCAAGAAGGUUACGAACCGGUACGUCUUCCAGAGGAUAGCGUCUUGUGCGGUUUCACUCCUCUGCUAUACACUUCCGACGAUACAAUUUACGCGUCUAAAGACGUCGAUAUCGAGGCCGCUCAUUUCACUCAUCGACUCAACAAACUCCUCUUCUUCGGAACCGUCUAUCUUUGCGGCAUAGAUCCACCGGUAUUGAAAUUGGAGAUCGAGGACGACGUCCGGGAUUACGUUUCGGUUGUUUGUACCAGCAACAGCAGAGAUUCGCCACCGAACACGGAAUUGAGACAAAAUAACGAGGUACUUUUGGAAAGCUUCAGUGACGAUAAUGGAGAUGAAAGACUUGAAGAAAAAAUCACCAGUGGUGUUUCUACAGAAAUUCGGGAUCUUUUAACGAGAAAAGGCGAACUUGAGAAACGAAGAAAGAGCCAGGAACUUCAUCUAGAACGCGUCAAGAAAAUACUUAGUCAGUCAGUGGUUAGUGUUCACGUCGAAGUAAGGCCGAAAUAUUUAGUUCCGGACACCAAUUGUUUCAUCGAUCACCUGACUGGUAUCCGUAAAAUCGCCCAGACUCAUACCUAUACACUUAUGGUUCCUAUUGUAGUUAUUAGCGAAUUAGAAGGCCUUUCGAGAGGUGGCAAAGUCCCGGCACCAGAUUCUCGCAGCACACUGGAUCCACAACACGUCCAAAAAGUAGCUACCUCAGCAAGAGACGCUUUGGAUUUUCUUAAAACAAGACACGCUUCGGUUAAAUGCGUCACUACGAAAGGCGCGAUUAUUCCGUCCACGAAUUUUUCUACCGAAGACGACAGCAUGUGGGACAACAGUUUCAGAAAUGACGAUAAAAUACUAACAACUUGUUUGGGAUUGUGCAAGGAGCAAAAGGAUCAAACAACACAAGACGUUAAAGAAGGCGAACCCCGGCGUCUCGUUCGAGAAGUUGUACUGUUGACAGACGACAGAAAUUUAAGGGUGAAAGCGUACGCGCGAGACGUUCCCGUACGGGAACUUCCGGACUUUAUGCGUUGGGCGGGACUGGGAUGAACCUAAUAGAAAAAAUAAUUAAAAUUACCAAAGCAGCUGCUCUCUCCGUUACACGAAAAGUGCUCCUAUAGUCCGGUAAGUCAUUCUACUUUACGCACGAGUGGAAUACAUUAUUUUUGUACGAUUUGUUAUAUAGGGAUGUCCGUUUCUUUUUUUUUUAUUAUAGGUGAGACGACGUGGUGUGUUAAUGAUCAAAUUUGAAAUUAAUAUAUUCACAUUAAAUGAAUUUCUACAUCACAUUCGUUGUUACAUUAUUAGGUUGUGUUCGCUGCAUUCCCUAUUUUCGAUCGUAUUUACGACUGCUUACAGGGCAAUUCAAAACAAAAUUAUUAAAAAUAACAAAAUUUAGACGUCGUACUUCUGUAUAUUUUUAGGAUAAUUUUUAAAGAAAAUUAAAAGUGGUGCUCUUAUUGUUAACGACUUUUGUUUUGUAUUACCCUGUAUAUGGUGCCAUUUUAUCUCAUGGUAUAAUGUUAAAUUUUCUAUAUUUAUAUAUAGAUAUGUAUAGAAAAAAAAUAUGUAUAUACAUUGAGCCUAGACGAAAUUUUAAAUGUUUUUAUUAUCUCUUACACUAUGUAUUCUUAUUUUUUUUUUCAAUUUUUUCACGUUUGUCGAUACUUUUUUUGUGGUAAUUGGCAAAUAUUUAUUCUGUUUGUGUUCAUAUACAAUUAUAUGAAGAAUAACAGAAGCGAAUAAUUAUUUUUCACGAUUAAAUUAAAACUAAUUAUUGUUGAAAUGACUUUUGCAUAUUUUUCAUUACUACAUCAGUGACUAAAAACUGGAAAUAAAUUGAUAAAGUGAAAAAUUAUAGGACGCUUUCCAAUAUUAUAUCACUUUCGUUUCAAUAAAAAUUAGUAGUGUGAAAAAUUUUUAGACAUUUCUAACUGCUACGUAACUUCCUUUCCUUAAAAAAUAAUAAAGUGAAAAAUUAUUGAACCAUUCUCAAUGUUCGUCACUAAAAAUUUUUUUUUCAUCAAUUGAUAAGGUCAAACAUUAUUGAAUAUUUUUAAUUAGUUUUCUAAAUACCACGUCAUUAGUUUCACUUUCUUUUCGGUGAACAUUAAUGAAGCGAAAAAAUAUUGGACCCUAUGUAACGUUACGUCCCUGGCUAAAAACUAAAACUAAAUUAAUGAAGUGAUAAUUUCAAUAUUAUAUUACGUAAAAUUUUUCGUUUUAUUAAAAAAAAUAGUAAAGUAAAAAAUUAUUGCAAAUAAGUAAAGUGAGACUUUUUCGCAUUUUACUAAAUACGUUUCUAAAUACUUUGUCACAAGUAAGCAGUAAAGUGAAAAUAUUUGGACGUUUCUAAAUAGUUUUUUGAUAGUUAAUCACUGUUUUCACUUUCAUUUCAGUGAAAAUUAAAAGAGCGAAAAAAUGAUGGACCCUUUUCAAUAUUACUGCUAAAAACUUUCGUUUUAGUAUCAAUUAAUAAGGUGAAAAAUUAUUGGAUGUAUGAAAUGUAUUAAUGAAGUGAAAAAUUAUUUAUCCUUUAUUAAUAUUGGCUAUAAACUUUCGCUCCAAUAAAAAAUAAUGAAGUGAAAAAUUAUUUUCCAAAUACUUUUUUUAAUACCUCAUCACUAACUUCAUUUUCGUUUCAAUAAAAAUUAGUUAAGUGAAAAAGUGAUAGGCCAUGUUAUGGCUAAAAACUUUUGGAUUCUAAAAUUUAAUUAAUAAAGUGAAAAAUCGUUGAACUCUUAUUAAUAUUGGCCAAAAACUUUCGUUUUAGUGAUACUUAAUAAAGUGAAAAUUUACUGCACUUUUCCAAAUUUUAAAUACUGCAUCAAUAGCUUUCAUUUCUUUUCAGUGAAAAUUGUUUAAGUGAAAAUUUUUUGGAUAUUUCUAAAAACUUCGUCACUAGCUUCACUUGCGUUCUAAUAAAAAAAUGUGAAGUGAAAAGUUAAUGCACUUUUCCAAAUACGUUCCUAAAUACUUCGUCACUAGCUUCACUUUUGUUCCAAUAAAAAUUUGUGAAGUGAAAAAUGAAUACGUUUCACUUUUUUUUUUAGUGAAAAUUGGUAGAGUGAAAAAUUUUUUCAGUAAAAAUUAUUAAAGUGAAAAAAUAUUGAAUCUGUUCUUAAUUUUAUCUCAUUGGCUAAAAACUUUUCAGUAUCAAUUUAUUAGGUGAAACAUUAUUAGAUAUUAAAAUUGAAUUAAUAAAGUGAAAAAUUAUUAAACUCUUAUUAAUAACUUUCAUUUCAAUAAAAAUUAGUGAUGUGAAAUAUUACUGCACUUUUCUAAAUACUUCGUCACUAGCUUCAAUUUAUUUUCAGUAAAACUACAAUUGCAAUUUAGUAGUUUCAAUUCUCGUUUCAAAUGAAUUUUGUAAGGGAUGCAGUUUUAGUUCAUCGUAUCCAAGUUUUCCCACCCUUAUUUUGAUUUUUCUAGGGUUUUUGACCCGGUUCUAAAUGGAAGGAAUACUUUUUGUAAAACAUAUUCAGCGCCAUUCGAAUUCGAUACGUUCACAUAUUUUACAAAAUAUUCUUACAAUCACUUUCGAGGAAGUUGCAUAUCUUACUGGUAUUUUGGACUCGACCCACCCCAUUAGCAUAAUUUCACUUAUUUACGUGCAUAUUAAGGUAAAAAUUAACUUGAAUUAAAGUCAAACCUAUAAUCGGAAUUCCAGAGUUCCAAUUAUCGCAUAAAAUAAAUUUAGUAAGGUUGCAGUUUUAGAUCUUUUUCGCCCUUCUUCAUGAUCUUGACCGUGCGAAUUUUGGUUUUUCUAGAGUUUUUUUAACCCGUUUUCCAAUGGAAGAAAAUGUUUCUUACCCCUAUGCUAUUAUCUCUGUAAUUUAUUAUACCGUGCGCCUCGGUUAGUUCGUUCGAACUGCUUAGUCGAAAUAUUGAAGUUUUUCGAUCUCAUAUGUAUUCAAUUAAUUGAAAAAUGUAGUUUCUCAACUGUUUUCUUCACACAAAUCUAUUUUUAACGACGCAAGGUAAUUUCAACUUUGAAUAUCUAAAUAUCACAUUUUUUUUAUGAAAAUCUAUAAGCGGUUUUAAUUAUUAGUUGCUCCACUAAACGGUUUAUCUGUGUAUUAAUUAAUUUUUUAUUCAAAAAAAACUCUUCCUGUUUAUGUAAAAAUUUCAAUUAUUAUUCCUAAAAAAAAAAAACCGAAACGAAUUUCGUCUAACGGUAAAAUCGCAUAACUUAUUAUUAUUAAUAACGGAAAUAACAUUAAAAAUAUGGAAAAAUAUUUACGAUUUUGUCCCAUAGUUUUUUCUUUCACGUAAACUAUUAUAUUAUAAAUCAAGCGUUAAUUUGAAAUUUUUGCAGUUAACCGGAAGUUCGGUAUUAUGUUGUUAAUUGAUUGCAAAAUAUACAGGAUGUUCUCUUAAAUCACGCGAAUUAAAUUUGUAGCGAAUCUCUAAAUUUCCCUAACUGUUUUAAGAAAUAUUUUCUGUUCUAAUGUCUCAAAACAUUGAAAAUACAAAAGUUUUUUAUCGAGAAAAGUUUAAUUCGAAGCAAUUAUACUCCCCCCAGCUUUUUAGUUAAUUCCAAAAUAUACAGGGUGUUUUAACGUAAUAUGAAUUUAUGGUAAAGUUGCGUAAUCUUAGAAGCAUUUUCAGAAAUUUUUUUUAGUCUGUAUAUUAAAAUAUGAAAAUAUGUCAUUUUUUUAUCGAGCACAUCUCGAUUUAAAGCUUGCCACCAGAUUUUCAAUUGAUUCCAAAAUCUACAGGAUGUUCUCUUAAAUCCCGUGUAAUAAAUUUGUAGCGAAGCUCUACAAUCCGCUAAUUGUUUUAAGGAAAUUUUUCUGUUCUAAUGUCUCAAAACAUUGAAAAUACAAAAGUUUUUUAUCGAGAAAAGUUUAAUUCGAAGCAAUUAUACUCCCCGCCAGUUUUUGAGUUAAUUCCAAAAUAUACAGGGUGUUAUAACGUAAUAUGAAUUUAUGGUAAAGUUGUUUAAUCUUUGAAGCGUUCUAAGAAGUUUAUUUUUAGUUUCUGUAGAUCAAAAUAUGAAAAUAUAAGAUGUAUUUCAUCGAGGUUAGUUUAUUCAAAGCAAUUAUUCCUGCCAUCACCUUUUCAAUUGAUUCCGAAAUAUACAGGAUGUUCUUUUAAAUAACGUGAAAUAAAUUCACAGCAAAGUUUUCCAAUCCUGUAACUGUUUUUUUUUGUCUAAUGCCCUUGUAUCAAAAUAUUCAAAAUACAAAAAUAUCAUCGAGAUCCGCUUGAAUUAAAGCAAUUAAACUUGCCAGUAGCUUUUCAAUUGAUUCCGAAUUAUAUAUAGGAUGUUCUAACGUGAAUUAAAUUCACAGCAAAGUUUUCGAAUCCCUCCAUCAUUUUAAGAAGUAUUUUAUCAUCUAAUGUCUGUUUAUUAAAAUAUGAAAAAGGGUUUUUUCAUCGAGAUCUUCUUCUUUUUCUGCUAUCCAUUAAUGAGUGUUUGCGAUCAUUUCUGACAACUUUAUCUUGUCUCUGGUGGUAUGAAUUAAUUUUCUUGUGGUUCUUAUCCCCGUCCAAUUUUUGAUAUUACCUAGCCACUACAUCUUCUUUUUGCCUAAUCCACGUCUACAUCCAAUCAAGAGUUGAAGCAAAUGGUAGUUACCUCUCGCUCCAUAUCACAUAACAAUUCACGUUCUUUUCAUAUUCUCCUCAGAAUUUCUUCGUUGGUUCUUCUUCAUCCACAUCUCAAAUGUCUCCAAUCUGUUAACUUUCAGUGUCCACCCUUCCAUAACGUAUGGACCAUACCUAAUAUUUUGGGAAUCAUAUUACGAGGUUGAGGUCAUGGUUAGAGUUCGUAAACAAGUUUUUGAAUCCCAUGAAUGAGCUUCUUGUUUUUUCUAUCCUGCACUUGAUCUCUACUUCUGAUGAUCAGUCUUCACAUAACCAAGUUCCCAGAUAGUUAAAUUUUGUUAACGGUUCAAAAUUUUUUAAUUAUCUAACCGUUUCAAGAAGUCUUUUUCCUAUUUAAUGUCUACAUAUCAAAAUAUGGAAGUAUUUGCAUUUUAUUGAGAUUAGCUUGAUUUAAAGCCUUGAUUACCACCAGCUUUUCAGUUGAUUCCAAAAUAUACAGGAUGCUCUUCUAAUUAUCGUAAUUUGAAUUUGUAAAAAAGUUGUAUGAUUCUUUGACCGUUUUUAGAAGUUUUUUUUUAAUGUAAGGUCUCUGCAUUAUUAGAAGCAGCUAAAAUCCAGUUACAGAUUAUAGUAGUGGAGUUAAUGUUGAAAUAAUCAUUCGAAAGUGAAGCAUAUUAUGAUAGUUUCCGAGGGGUAGAAAUCUGAUUGAUUAAUAAUGAAGUUGACACUUUAUUCGUGAAUGAAGAUGUGAGUCAUAACCUGUAGGUACUGUCAUCUAGUAGUAUUUAAAGCUACAUGAACAUAAAAAUAUAUAAAAAUUUGUCGAAACAAUGAAAAACUAUAUAUUAUAAUUUCGAGUGGAUUUUUGUAUGCUAAUUGUUUUAAUUUGUAAAUUAUGAUAAAUAAAGGUCCGGAGUAUGAAUAUUUGUCUUUUUCUGGCAAUUGCUGAGCAUGCAAUUCCCAUAGGCUUGAUUUCGUACUAAAAACGAUGCCAAAUUUUUUUCCAUCUUUUUCUAUAAAAAAUUACUCGAUAAAAACUAUUUUGUUUAAAUGGAUGCAAAACAACCAAAUGUGAAAUUAUUAUAAAUUCGAUUCAAAAAAUAAAUCAAAUUAUGAUGUAACAAAAAUCAGAGAAUAUUUGUGACUAUGGUUCGUUGCGGAUAUAUACGAGGUGCGAUUAAAAAAUCUUCCUCAGAUUCUCAAUCUAGGUGAACAAAACCGAGGAAAAGUUUCAUUAAAAGUAUUCUGAACUUGCUCUUUCCUAUAAAAUUAUUUGUAGAUGGUUUUUCGAUUUUUAUAAGUCAUAAAAACAUUUAUGAUGAUGGGUAUUGAUUUUUAAUUGAAUUCAAAAUAUACAGUUCUUUAAAAUAAAGUGAAAUUAAUUUAUAGCAAAGUUAUUUAAUGCUGUAAGCAUCUUAAGAAUUGUUUUUCUAAUGUGAUGUUCGUAUAACAAAAUAUGAAAAUACGGAAUUUUUUUCAUUGAGAUCAGCUGAAUAUGUAUAUUAAUAAUUUUUGAAUUAUACAUAUCACACGAAACGAGGUUUAUUUCUUUAAGUUUUCUCGUUACCACUGCAUAAAUAAUUUUUUAAAAAAUAUUUUUCAAUCUAGCAUAAUUUUAAUCUAAUUUUUUUUUAAUUGGAAGCAAUUGCUUUAUUUUUUUCUAGUCUCUACACUUGAAUUGUUUGGCUAUUAAAAAACAGGGGAAAAUUUAUUUUUUUCUAUUCCUAUGUAUUACAAUUUCCUACUGGAUAAUAAUUUACUUGUUCUAUUAUAUACUAUAUAAUUUUAUCAAACAUUAUGUUUUAAUAUAGCUAUUCCAUAUUUUUUUAUUACCAAUAAACCACAAAAAAAGUUUAUAUCGUUUUUAAAAUCUCGUUUAGACAAAUUUAGAAUUUUUUUUUAUUCGGUAUAAAUCAUUUAGAGUAGCUCUAUCAUGUACUUAUAUAUACAUAUUAUAUAUCUUAUAUUUUUAAUAACGUUUGUUGUGCCAUCUUUAAUUAUAUAUUUUUUCUCGGCAACAAUUUCGCUGUGUACAGUUUUUAAACUAUUCGACUACUAGAUUAUUUAAGAUUUAUAUCAAUUGUUGCAAUUGUUUGCUCAGGAAAUUUAGAAUAAAAUAAAGGCAAUUUUAAUAAUAA